AUGCGGCGCGCGCAGAGCCGGUGCGCGGUGGCCCGCGCCCUGGUCCUAGCCGGCCUCUGGCUGGCCGCAGCCGGGCGCCCCCUAGCCUUCUCCGACGCGGGGCCGCACGUGCACUACGGCUGGGGGGAGCCCGUCCGCCUGCGGCACCUGUACACCGCCGGCCCCCACGGCCUCUCCAGCUGCUUCCUGCGCAUCCGCGCCGACGGCGGGGUGGACUGCGCGCGGGGCCAGAGCGCGCACAGUCUGAUGGAGAUGAGGGCAGUCGCUCUGCGGACCGUGGCCAUCAAGGGCGUGCACAGCGUCCGGUACCUCUGCAUGGGCGCCGACGGCAGGAUGCAAGGGCUGCCUCAGUACUCCGCUGGAGACUGUACUUUCGAGGAGGAGAUCCGUCCCGAUGGCUACAAUGUGUACUGGUCCAAGAAGCACCAUCUCCCCAUCUCUCUGAGUAGUGCCAAACAGAGGCAGCUCUACAAGGGCAGGGGCUUUUUGCCCCUGUCCCACUUCUUACCUAUCUUGCCCGGGAGCCCAACAGAGCCCAGGGACCUGGAAGACCAUGUGGAGUCUGACGGGUUUUCUGCAUCCCUGGAAACAGACAGCAUGGACCCUUUUGGGAUCGCCACCAAAAUUGGACUAGUGAAGAGUCCCAGUUUCCAAAAAUAA